GGGAACAGCGAGUGAGUAGGCGGCCUCUCUCCGCCGCUGCAGUCGGUAGCUUGGCGGACCCGCCCCGCCGCGCUGCGCCGCCCGCGCGUCUGUCCCUCAGCCGGGCAGCGCCUGUCGGGACCAUGUCGCUCUUCCAGUCCGCCCUGGACUUCCUGGCGGGCCCCGGCUCCCUCGGGGCUGCCAGCCGCGACCAGAACGAUUUCGUGGGGCAGACGGUGGAGAUGGGCGACAUGAAGCUGCGCAUCAAGAGGGUCAUUGCGGAGGGUGGCUUUGCUUUUGUCUAUGAAGCUCAAGAUCUUGGAAGUGGCAAAGAUUAUGCUUUAAAGCGGUUGUUGUCUAAUGAAGAAGAAAAGAACAAAGCCAUCAUUCAGGAAGUUUGUUUUAUGAAAAAGCUUUCAGGGCAUCCCAACAUUGUCCAGUUCUGCUCUGCUGCUUCAAUAGGAAAAGAAGAAUCGGACACAGGGCAAGGAGAAUUUCUUCUGCUUACAGAGCUGUGUAAAGGGCAGCUGGUGGAAUUCUUAAAGAAAGUGGAAUCCAAAGGCCCUAUCUCCUGUGACACAGUUUUGAAGAUCUUUUAUCAGACCUGCAGAGCAGUGCAGCAUAUGCAUAAACAGAAACCUCCUAUUAUCCAUAGAGACUUAAAGGUCGAAAACUUGCUUAUUAGUAACCAAGGGACAAUUAAACUUUGUGACUUCGGUAGUGCUACAACUAUAGCUUACUAUCCUGACUACAACUGGUCUGCACAAAAGAGAGCCCUGGUUGAAGAAGAGAAAUUCUGUCCUCUGCAGAUCACGAGGAAUACAACGCCAAUGUACAGGACACCAGAAAUGGUAGACUUGUAUUCAAAUUUUCCAAUUGGUGAAAAACAGGACAUUUGGGCUCUGGGCUGUAUCCUGUACUUGCUGUGCUUUAGGCAACAUCCAUUUGAAGAUGGAGCUAAACUUCGUAUAGUCAAUGGAAAAUACGUGAUACCUCAAAAUGACACCCGCUAUUCUGUGUUUCAUGAUCUUAUUCGUUCUGCUUUGAAGGUGAACCCUGAGGAGAGACUAUCAAUCACUGAACUUGUGAAUCAACUGCAGGAGAUAGCAGCAGCUAGGAAUGUGAAUCCUAAAUCGCCUAUCACAGAGCUCCUGGAACAAAAUGGAGGCUAUGGAAACAAUGCUCAGCCUCGGACAUCUGUGACCUCCGUUUCACAGAGUUCCAAGCCUGCAGGACAGCUCAACAAUAUGUACAAUGCAGGCCUGACUGUUGCGGAAUGUGACCAGACUUAUGGAGGGUUCUUUGAUAUUCUGAGGGGUGGAACAGAGCGAUUUUUCACUAAUAUUAAGGAUACAUCUUCUAAAGUUAUCCAGUCUGUGGCCAAUUAUGCAAAAGGAGACUUGGAUAUAUCUUACAUCACUUCCAGAAUUGCUGUGAUGUCCUUUCCAGCUGAAGGUGUAGAAUCUGCCAUCAAAAAUAACAUAGAAGAUGUGCGGUUAUGUCUAGACUCUAAACAUCCUGGCCACUAUGCUGUGUACAAUCUCUCUCCAAGAACGUACCGUCCUUCCAGGUUCCAUAAUAGGGUUUCUGAAUGUGGCUGGCCAGCAAGACGAGCACCAAAUCUUCAGAAUCUCUAUAGCAUAUGCAAGAACAUGCAUUUAUGGCUGAAACAAGACCAGAAAAAUGUUUGCAUUGUGCACUGCCUUGAUGGAAGAGCAGCAUCCGCUGUGGUAGUUUGUUCUUUUCUGUGUUUUUGUCGUCUCUUCACUACUGCUGAAGCUGCGGUUUAUAUGUUCAGUAUGAAGCGCUGCCCUCCUGGCAUUUGGCCUUCUCAUAAAAGAUACAUCGAAUAUAUGUGUGAUAUGAUGGCUGAAGAGCCCAUUAUUCCUCACAGCAAGCCCAUUCUGGUCAGAUCAAUCAUCAUGACUCCUGUUCCUCUUUUCAGUAAGCAGCGUAAUGGUUGCAGGCCUUUUUGUGAAGUUUAUGUAGGUGAUGAGAGAGUAACCACUACCUCCCAGGAAUAUGACAAAAUGAAGGAGUUUAAAAUUGAAGAUGGGAAAGCAGUAAUUCCACUAGGUAUAACAGUCCAGGGAGAUGUUCUCAUUGUGAUCUAUCAUGCCAGGUCAACACUAGGAGGCCGACUUCAAGCCAAGAUGGCUUCAAUGAAGAUGUUUCAGAUUCAGUUCCACACAGGUUUUGUGCCCCGAAAUGCCACCACAGUGAAAUUUGCCAAGUAUGAUCUGGAUGCCUGUGACAUACAAGAAAAAUACCCUGAUUUGUUUCAAGUCAAUCUGGAAGUAGAGGUAGAGCCCAGAGACAGACCUAGCUCUGAACAGCCACUGUGGGAUAAUAUGAAUAUAAAGGGACUGAAUCCCAAGAUCCUUUUCUCCACCCGAGAGGAACAGCAAGAAAUUUUAUCCAAAUUUGGGAAACCGGAGCUGCCUAGACAACCAGGUUCAACUGCACAAUAUGAAGCAGAAGCAUCUCAGCUAGAGCAAUCUUCAGAAAGUGCACCUACUGAUACAGAAUCCCCACAGAGCAGUAGUACCGAUGCAAAUAAUUUCUUUCAUUCUCUGGACUGGAAAGAAGGGAAAAGUCCAGAAAGUGGAAUAGAGGACAGUUCAUCUAAAAACGAUUUUGUUCAGCUGUCUGAUGGUAGGGAGGAGAGUGGGCCUUCAGAUGAAGAAUUCCCUACAUUUCCAAGUGAAGAAAGUGCAGUAAGCGUUGAGGAAAAAGACUCUAUUACUCCAGAAGGAGAGUUGCUUUUUGAAGCCAAUUUUGAAGCUCCAUCUGCACCAAUACAAAAAUCUCUUCCUGAAGAAAAUGUAGACUUACUGGGACUAGACUCUGAUAUUUCACUACAACAGAAACAACCUGUCUCAGAAACAAAUUCUUCAUCGAGUAAUGCGGACUUAUUGAACAAUCUGUUUGUGGGUAAUGCAUCACAAGAGCCCACUGGGGAUCUUCUUGGACAAGGAACAGAUUUCUUUUUCAGCAGUCAGUGUCCAACUGCUACUCAGGGUACAUCUUCAGCAACAGCCUUAUCUUCAGCUGAUCCUUUUGACCCAUUCACAGUGUCAUCAAGUUCAGGCAAUCAAGCCUUGUCUGGUCCAGACCUCUUUGGAGACUUCCUUCAUCCAGCUUCAACAUCUACAUCUAGUACAGUUCCUUCUGCACACAGUUCAUUUCCUCCUUCUUCCAGCUCAGAUUUCUUGCAUUUAGGAAAUUUGACACCAGAGCCAUCUAAAAUGCCAUCUUCUACGAGCCACCCAGAUCUCUUAGGUGGAUGGGAUUCUUGGGCAGAUUCCUCAGCAUCUGGCAAUGUAGCGUCACCACAGUUGAAGCCUCUUUUUGAAGGUCAAGCUUUUACAACAGGGAGCCAGUCCAGUGUGUCUUCAGGUCUGUCUUUCAGUCAGGCAAAAUCUCAAGACUUUGAUCCUUUUGCUGAUCUUGCCAAUCUUGGAUCUGGUCUUCCAGGUUCUUCCAGUAGUGGACUCUUGACUGGUGGCUUUGGUCAGAAGACUGCUCCAUCUCAGAAACUGGGUAAUCAGUGGCAGAAAUCCACAAAACCACAAAGUACUUCAUGGCAAUCUCAGCCUAAAUCCAGCACAGCAGCUAAACCAAAUUAUACAGUAAACUUCGGUGUUAUUGGAGGACGAGAAGAAAGAGGAGUCAGAACCCCAAGCUUUGGUCAAAAGCCAAAAGUUUCAGAAAAUGACUUUGAGGAUCUCUUAUCUAAUCAAGGAUUUUCAGCUAAAUCUGAUAAAAAGGGACCAAAGACCAUUGCUGAGAUGAGGAAACAAGAAAUGUCUAAAGAUAUGGACCCCUUGAAACUCAAGAUUCUUGAAUGGAUUGAAGGAAAGGAGAGAAAUAUCAGAGCAUUAAUAUCCACUCUUCAUACAGUGCUUUGGGAAGGGGAAAAUAAGUGGAAACCAGUCAGCAUGGCAGAUCUAGUAACUCCUGAACAAGUAAAGAAGUACUACAGGAAAGCAGUGCUUGUAGUUCAUCCAGAUAAGGCCACAGGACAACCUUACGAGCAGUAUGCCAAAAUGAUCUUCAUGGAAUUGAAUGAUGCGUGGUCAGAGUUUGAAAAUCAGGGAUCAAAGUCCCUUUUCUAGAACUUCACCUCUUAACACAACUGCUUCCAAAACAUGGAGCUGAACGUUGUUGUGACUCUAUUGCGCCUAUCAAUUAUGAAGCGCUUUUUCCUGAUUUCAGCACAGUUUCUAAUCAUGCACUUACAUGUGGUGAGGUGUGGUGUAAGAUGUACAGUAGGAAGCAUUACAUAGAUGCAUUAAGAAAACAGCUGCUCAGUAUUUGGAAGAAAUCAGUCUGGGAGUAAAGAUUUCCUUUCAGUUUUAUAUACAGUAAAACAGAAUUUUAAUGAAGCUCCAUGAUUUUUGGGGUGCUAAUUAUAAAUCAUUCCUGUUUUGUUGAUCUGUUUUACCUAUACAUUCCCCAAUUUGUCUGUUAAUUCAGUAGUUUUGUGAUUCAAUUUUGAUGUUUGGUGCCUGUCACCUUAUUUAAAGUGCUUUAGUUAUCAGCAGUGAGUUUGCUUGGCUUAUCUCAAACCUGAAGGUGUAUAUUUUCAUCUGUGUUUUAUGUAAUCAGUCUGAUAAUCAUUCUGUAAAUAACACUUUUUCUGACAAUACCUGCGUUCCUUACAAUAAAGUAACAGUUGUUUAGCCAAAAUCCCCCCAAAUCCUAAAUGUGGGAAAGUCAGCCAGGAUUGUUCUUGGCUUUUUUUUUUUUUUUUCAAUUACAUAAGAAUCUAGAAACAAAUCAUGACUGAAGGUCUGCAUGACCCUGAUAUUUUGUUACUUACUAUGAACCUUUGGAAGGCAGUGCUCUGAUCAGUGCUUAUUUCCUAGUUCUUGAAAUGGUGUCUUUUGCUUCCAAUUUCAGUAGAACAGUCCUUUCAUUGCACUUCAGAUACUUUGAUAGGAAUAGUGUUAUUCUGAAACUUGAAGCACAAAACAUUUUGCUCUGCUUUGAUUUGUCUGAGUAAAUACUACAUGACUCAUUGUCAUCAGGAGAGCAUAUAAGGUGCUUUAACACAUUUUGCUGCAUGUCUGAACUUCUGUAUUUUGAGAUAUGCAUGACAUCAGUGUAUGUGGAAACAUGGAGUAUAUUAAUAGGCUGUUGUAUUUCUGCUCACCUACCUUCCAUGCACUGGCUAGUGCAAGACGAGUAGAGGCACAAAUUGAUAACAAAACUUGCCGUGUUUUCUCAUCGCUAUGCCUAUUCAGAAGGCAGUUUUUCACUAGUGCUGGGGUGAAUGAAUACAAAUGACCAAUGACUGUUAUACUCUGUGUAGUAACAAUGCAAUUUUCAUAUCAUGUUUGAAAAUGUUGAAAAUUAAUGUUGUGGUAUUGAAGCUUUGGCAGCAGUCUCUUGAAGCAGUACAGGUGGACAUUCAAGGGGAUAUUUUUAUUGUCUUGCCAUUUUGUACAUUUUGCAUGCUUAACUGAGAGGGAAGCUGUACCAUUAUAAGAGGUAGCUGUUCAGUUGAGCAACAUCUGAACAGAAAAUGUAAGAUUCUAAUGCCACCUCAACAGUUUUAAAUCUCAGUAGGUGUCUUUAUAAAAACAGGUAAUUUUCUGUGUGAUUUGGAGUAAGAGCUAAUCCUUUUUUCUUUGGGACGCUUCAUUAAUUCUUUGUAUGUGUGGUCUGCAUCCAUGGAAAUUUAAGGCUUCUUCUGGUAAGAUAAGUUUGUUGGUGACCUGCAUGGCUUUUUAGAGUUCUAGGGCAAAUGAUGUAUAGUAAUAGGUUUAAAAAGACACAGAUAUUUAUAUAAUGACCGUGAUUGACUGCAUUCCUCUAUGCAGCUGAGAGAUAAAGUGUUUCUGAGAGAGCUGAUUUUAGUAAGAAAGGGCUACUUUGAAAGACCAUAUUCCUUUCAGCAUGUGUAGGCAACUUAAUUUUGAGGGACACAAUUUCAGUUGCUCUUUUCUUGACAUACCUGUUUAAAGAAUUAAAACUGAAAAUUGGAAGAAAAAUUCCUUCCUCUGCUUUGUAUGUUUGUAGCAUUUUCUCAAUGUCUACAUUUCUCUUGGUUUGAUUUCUCUACUCUUGUUUGCAAAACUUUCUUGAACAGUGGAGAAGACCCUCAGGUGUGAUAUAAGUGAGCAGGGAAACAUGAGUGCAAGUAUUUUAUCUAAAACUCAACAUCUCUUGAAAUGGAGUCUCACUUCUUUUAAAAUUAUUGAAAACCUUGAAGUUUGGCUGUGGAUUCUUUGAAGAAGCCAUUCAGCAAUUACUGAAACUUCACUCAGGUUGACAGGACCCCUUGACUUACAGCUUAAUCAGCUGUGGUCCUCACUGAUGCAACUGGCCAGUUUCACUGUCCUGCGCCUUUCUGUAUAUUUGAAUUUCAGUGCUAACAGUCUGAGAGGCUCAUUUGAAAAGUCCUGAAAUCUUGGCAGUGAAACUGUUCUGUUUUUUGUGUAACUGUCAUUUAGUGGUGUGGCGUACAAGAAUGUGCAAAAAGUUGGAUUUUAGUAAGGCCUUCCAAGCAAACUUUAAAAAACUCAAGUGAUGAACAUAGUAAACUGGUAUUUUUUUUUCUUUACAAGAUAAAGCAGUAAGAGAACCACUAAAGCUGUUUCCAUAGUGUAAGGCUUGCACGACGUAGUGUAGGGUUUUUCAGCCUUUUCUUGUGCUCUGUUGUUGAUUGGUUGCUGUAUCAGAUAGGAUGGCAUUCAAAAUAUUACACAUCUUACUGUAGUUGUAUUCUUAAUGUCCACAGGCUGAAAAGCUUUUAGAAUAGGCUACAGAAAAAUUAAUUAAGCUGAAACUUGAUUAAGUACUGUGAAUUCUCUCCGAGUUUAAAGUGUAUGUUUUCCAUUCGUGCUUAUUGCACAGUUAAAUUUGGAAAUGCUGAAGUGAAGUUAUACCCUGAGAGCUAGCCUUUGUAUCUGCUUCUGCUGACUGGAAAGCUUGAGGUUGAGGUAAAUGUUGCCAGUAAUUUGAUGUUGUGUUCGCCAGACCUCAUAUGUGGCACUUGAAUUUCUGUGUGAAACACCUCCUUGACUCUUGCAGUAAAUCGUGGUGCCUUUUGGCCCAUGUUUGUAGUUCCUCUGCCUGUUAAUGACAGCUGACUAAUACCAUGUUGUCUUUGCAGCCUACCAGGUUAUAGUUCUUAAGUGAAUAGGUUGACCAUGGUUAAGCAAAGAAAAAAACAGUGAAACAUAGGUUAAGGGGAGAGUAAAGAACAUCCAGAUGCUAGCCUACAUCUCAGAUGUUGUUUUCUAAUUCUCUCUUCACCUAUUCCUACCUACCUCUGCUGAAACUCAGUGUAGACUAGUAGAAAGAACUCAGUCUGUAGCCUGCUUUUUCAGCCCUUUUAGAAGAGCUACUGUCUAGCUAUGUACAAGUAGCAGUACUGAAUGCUCGGUUUUUUUUGUGGAAGUUGCUAUAAAGCAGGGCUGAUAAAAUGGUACAGCAGAUUUACACCAGUUAUUUCUGAAUUAAGUUACUUAUGUCAUAUUGAUGUUAGAUCUGGAGAGCCAGGCAACUUGACGUUUAAAAUGGAGAUCUGCAACAAGUGGUGUUGAGUGUGUGUGGCUGGAACCUGCCAAAAGAGAAGUGAUGUGUUUUGACCAUAUUGGAGGAAAUCAGUUGAUGUCUUUAACCUUGGGCAUGCCUGUUUAGUGUUUCCUCGUGUGGUCAGGUUUCCCUGGGCUUAACAGCAGGGAAGAGAAAGAAAAUGAGCAGUUAAGCACCUACUUUCAUACUAAAUCAUGGGGUUAUGCUCAGUAUUGUUAGUGGGUAGCUGUUCCCCAAGCCUGGGGUCAUCAAGCCUGGUAGGAAAACUUCCUCUGUAUUUUCAGUCGGGUAGAGUUCAGAGAGCUUGUUCAUCGGGGUGGCUUCCUUCGACAAAUACAGAAGUAAUACAGAAUUUCCAAAUAUAGAAUGGAAAACCUGCAACAGUGCUGAUGAAGUUCUUUUCCUUGUGACAGUGGCAAAGUCCUUGGUGUUGCUGCUGUGAGGAUCCCCAGUGCUCAUGAAAAAAUGGCUUGUUUACCUCCAUUUCUUUGCUAGUUCUCGAAAGCUCCUCCAGUGUUGUUUUGCCAAGCACAGAGUAAUAGUUUCUUCCUGAAUGCAGACUACGUCUCAAAGCUGCGUGAACAGGAUUAAUAAUAUAUUGCACAAACCAAAGCAGAGUUUGAGCAUAACUGAAGUCUCAGCUGUCCUUUGGGACUGCUGAAUUAUGUGCACCAUUCCACCUCCCAAAGCCCAGACUACAGUUUCCCCAGCAGCAGCAGUAUGUUUGUGCAGUCAUUGCCCAUUGCGUUCUCGGCUGCUCACAGGAAUUUUUCAGGGGUAGCAUAAACACAGAAAUCUUGUUGCUCCUUAGCUGUGUCCUUAAUUGUCUUGUAACUGCAGUGUAACGAAUGCUUUGUAAGUAAGUUCACAUCAGGCUUGUACAGUUGCCUGUGCUUUGUGAGUCAGUUGACAUUUUCUGUCAAGAACUUGCAGGUGAGUGAUCUGCAAAAGCUGUAGAAGAAAUGUACUCUUUCUGACCCUUUGAGCCUGUCUGUGGUGCAGAGUAGCUCUAGCUACCAGGGGCCCAGAGACCACGAACAAAGAGUGACUCAGUUGAUCUGUGGUUCUGAUCUUGAUGAAUCAUACAAUGCUUGCUUGCUCUGUUUGGGUGAGCUUAUUGUAGGCUGCAGUUUAGACUGCAUUAAGCUUCCAACAUACGCUCCAAAAAUACAAAGUAAUUUUUAUGAAGGAUACAUGUUGUCAUAGAAGCUUUUAUUACCAAAAGAGGAUUAAGAGGCAUUGUGAGAACUCCCAAAACUCUUUAGUGGAAUGUACUGUAUAUUUGCAAUGUAGACUUCUAGAAGCGAUUGUCAUCUCUGAUAAGGUCUUAAUUUGCUCUGAGGUCCUUAUUGUAUUUACCUGUACUUGUGAUUGUACUUUCUAUACCUGUGAUUUUUCUGGUUUGGGGAUAUGUGGAAGGGCAGAACAGAUCUUCAAGUCCUGUUUCUUGCCAUCUUUCAGGAAAUGUAAUGUACUGAGUAAUUUUGCUACUAGUGAAAUUAAAAUUGUAUGUAUAUAAUGGUAAUACAGUCAAAUUGUCUUGUUUAAAAGUAGAUUUAAUGUUUGGCACAAUGUCCUUGAACAGAAUAUUUUGCUUUGAAAUGUAUUAUGACUUAACCAGUGAUCAAUAAAAAAAAAAAAAAAUCA